AUGCUCCGACACCUCACGAGCCUCAUGGAUUCGCUGAGCAGGUCCCCGGAGAUGGCGCUGUGUCAACUGUCGCUGCAGAGCGAGGGCUCGGUCGAUGAGAUGGAAGUGUCUCAGUGGCAGGACGCCUACAGCUCCUCUUGCUAUGUACCUGGUGCAAAAGAGCAUUUCUCUGCAGAUCGAUCUAUGUCCUCCAUGAUCGAGACCACGGCAAAGGCGUUUCCGAAUGAGCUGGCCCUGAUGGAUGAUGGUUCUGGUACGACAUACACCUACCAGGAAGUCUUGAAGAUGUCCAGCUCACUGGCCUUCGCACUACGGCAAGCUGGGGUCUUCCCGGACUCGCUUGUCCCACUGAUGGCCUCGCGGGGAGUGGAGAUGAUUCUGGGCAUCCUUGGGAUCAUUCGCUCUGGAAGCGGCUAUGUCCCGCUGGACCUUCAUUGGCCAGACGAUCGACUGGAAGACGUCUUACGCCAGUGCGGCAGCCAGGUGCUUUUGGCUUCCUCUGAUUGCCACACCAAGCUUUCCUCAAUUGCACGCAGAGUCUCUUUAGUCACCACUGUGAUGGAUGUGAAGAGCCGGGUGGAUGGACCUACUGUGGCUGAUCAAGGCAAAGGCAAUACACUGGCCUAUACCUUCUUCACUUCUGGCACCACCGGAAAGCCCAAAGGAGUAAUGGUAGAGAACAAAGGCUUGGUACAUCGCAUUCAUUGGUUCCAGCAGCGCUGGCCCUUGCAUCCUGGAGAGGGCAUUGUCUCCAAGGUGGCGUACACCUUCGGCCUGUCGGAAUGGGAAAUCUUUUGGCCUCUGACGGCUGGCGCGACAUUGAUCCUGGCUCCACCAGGUGGUGAGAAGGAUGCGGAGUAUUUGCUACGUCGUGCCUGCAAUGCCUUCACCUCACCUUCGCCUCAGGAGCGUUUGAUACCUGGAAAGGGGCCAUCACCAGAAAAUGUGCACUACGUGGCAGCUCACGUGUUUGUGCCGUCGAUGUUGCACAUGGUCUUCGAUAAGUACGAUGAGUUGGAGGAGGAAGAUAUGCAAAGAAAAGCAGGAGAGCAUCACGCAGAUGGAACCUGGUGGCAUCACUCCAAAGCUCGGGAGAUCGUCACCUGUGGCGAAGCCUUGAACCCAUCCUUGGCACAGAAGAUGUUCUCCCGCUUCCACCACUGCACGCUGACGAACUUGUAUGGGCCGACAGAAGGCGAGAUGACCUACUGGGACGUCCCUCAGGGCCGGGCCGUGCUGCGGGUCUCUGCGGGCGCUCCAAUGCAUGGUUCUAAGGUGGUCCUCACCGACCUCCGAGACCACCGACUCUCCGCCGCGAGCCUGGAACCUGCAGAGAUCGCCUUCGGAGGACCCUUCAUCGCGCGUGGCUACUUGGGGAGGCCGGAUCUGGAUGCGAAGGCCUUCGUCCCCGACUUCACGGCCUCGGAGCCCUCCGAGGCCACGGACUCCACGACGCUCACUGGAUCGACGAUUGGAAGCACUCCGAUGAGCAUUGAGAACUGCGAGGAGGGAUCCAACACUCCUCCCACGAAGCUUUCAGAUCGUUUGUACAUGACAGGUGACUUGGGACGCUGGCGAGAAGGUGGCAUGAUUGACCUGCUGGGCCGCAAGGACUUUCAGGUGAAGUUGCGGGGUUUUCGCAUCGAGCUGGGCGAGAUCGAAGCCGCCUGCCGUGCAGCUGGAGCGCGGGCAGCGGUCUGCGUCUUGCGCAAGAGUAGGAAUGGCACACAGGGGCUGGUGGCUUACUAUGAGCCAGGUCCGGACCAGGAGGUGCCGGAGCCGGCCGUGCGCGCCUCGUGCCAGAAGUCCUUGCCGCCCUACAUGCAGCCACAAGUCAUCAUGCGCAUGGAGAAGCUGCCGAGGAAUAGCAAUGGUAAGAUUGACCGACCCAAGCUGCCCGAGCCACCGACCAUGACCUCACCAGCGGCCUCUGCGAGCCCCCCCGGAGACCCCGGUGCAGAAGACAACUGCGGCCACCAUUGCAGAGAUCUUAGGUCUUCCUGUGAGCGCUGUGCACUUGGACUCGGACUUCCAGGAACUUGGUGGGAAUAG